UCCCUCCACAACACUGUAUUCCCCGUUGGUGUGUCGCACGUUGACGACGCAGCGUUAGCAUGCACACUAGCGUUAGCAGCAGCGGUUAGCAUGUCAACACGUCGCUCUUUUUAAAUCUCAGACUGGAUUUACAACACGAGGAGGAGAUGUCGUCUGUGUGUGGUACCGGCAAUGGCUUCCAGGAUGAAGGUCAAGGGGUCGCAGAGAAACAGGACCUGGAGCAUCCGCGACUGCUCAUCCCUGAGUUAUGUCGACUCUUCUACCAGCUGGGAUGGGUGACGGGGACGGGCGGAGGGAUCAGUAUAAGACGAGGCGAGCACAUCUUCAUCGCACCAUCCGGUGUCCAGAAGGAGAGAAUACAGCCCGAAGACCUGUUUGUGUGUGACAUGGAGGAGAGGGACAUCAGCUGUCCGCCUCCCUCGAAGAAGUUAAAGAAGAGCCAGUGCACGCCGCUCUUUAUGAAUGCCUACACUAUGAGAGGGGCUCAGGCAGUAAUACACACCCACUCCAAGGCUGCUGUCAUGGCAACACUGCUGUAUCCUGGCAAAGAGUUCAAGAUAACACACCAGGAGAUGAUCAAGGGGAUUCGUAAGGGCAGCGCCCGUACCAACUAUCGGUACGAUGAAACCUUGGUGGUGCCAAUUAUUGAAAAUACCCCCGAGGAGAAGGACUUGAAAGAGCGGAUGGCUCUAGCGAUGGAGGAAUACCCAGAUGCAUGCGCGGUCCUCGUGCGCCGGCAUGGUGUUUACGUCUGGGGCGAGACGUGGGAGAAAGCCAAGACCAUGUGCGAGUGCUACGACUACCUGUUCGAUAUCGCCGUCCAGAUGAAGCAGUGUGGACUGGACCCCUCUGCCCUCCCGCUGGAACACAAAGUGUGACACUCGCUGCCGCUGUUUAAAGAGACGUCUGUCGCAAGAACGGGCCCGGUGGAAUUCAAUCAGCAGAGCAGAUCGUAAUCAUUUGCCUUUCACGCCGGUCUGCUUCAAAUUGGAUGAAAUUUGAUGCUGAGGGCUGAUUCAGGAUUGAAGGAGAUUGAAUGCUCGCGAUCCAGAAGCACCCGGAGGUAAGCUGCAAAGCACUGUGGGACGACUGCAGUCAAAUCAGCGUCCUCGGGUUCAAAUGCUUUCCUGUUCAAGUCCGACAAGUGCUGGAAUCGAGGUCUCGGCUUGAACGUGGUGUAGCCUUUAUUUAAAUUGUGCUGUCUUUGUUUCAAUCAAUAAAAAACGGAUGGAAUGUAAAUCGUCGAGCAUUGAAAUUCGGUUUCUCCUCCCACAGACGAACCCAGAAUGAACCAAAAAUGUGCCAAUUUGCAACCAAUUUAUUUCUCAUGCUGUUAUUUCCUCACUGUAUGUAAAUGACCUAUAGGAGCAUCAAUCAUUAACAGCUGCAUUCAUAUCCAUUGACAAAGCACUGACAAAACUAGUGUCGGACUUUUGAGUCAUACAAGAUGCUCUUUUAAUACUCACAUUAAUGAGCUAUCGAAGAAGCUGAAUUUGUGUUUCUUUUAUAGAAAUAGUAAAUGUUUUACUUUCACCAAUAGAUUGCAGAUUGUGCAGGCAACAUUUCUAUCAGUGCUACACUACGCAGAUGUGAUUUACAUGCAUGCAGCUACACGUACUCUCAAGCCACCGGAGGCUUUAUAUCACAGUUCCCUUUAUUACAGGUGACAGUUAUCGGAGCCAUCAUUGUCCCUUGUACCAGAAAGUAGCGUGGCCUUCACUUGCCACACGUACAGAGCUGCUUCUUUAUUUAUCAUCCCUUUUUUAAAAAAUAGAAAUAUGGAUCACCACACUCGUUCUCAACAACACGUCCCCCUUGACAAACCCUACAUGCGCACGGAUUCAGAUACCACGCUCCUCAUAGUUGGAAUAAACUUCAGGAGUCAAUAAGGGUGGAUCGUUUUUCAACCUUAGAACAGUUAAGGUUUUUGUUAAAGGAAGUUUUAGUUGAUGAAAGCUCCUGUCUCAUCCCUUUUUUAAGACAUUUAAACUCCUCCGUAUUUAAAUUUUUACUUGUUUAUGUAAAUGCAGGGCACCAUUGUAAACGAGAGCUCUGAUGUCAACCGGUUCAUACCCUGUCUGAAUAAAGGUUUUCUCUCUA